AUGGCCAGCCUAUUUCCAGCGUAUUUUGGUGCUCCAUACAAUCCAGACCUUCUGGGCUCAGGGCGUGCCAUUGACAGGAUAUGCGGAUGUCCCUUCUGGACUUUAUUACGCGCCAUAACAGUGCAAAAAAAACUCCUAGGACGACUGUUUAACAAUGAAGGGCUUCUGGAGUCGAUGAUGUUGAUGAGCGAAUUAUAUCUCUUAUCUUUCUGGGCCAGAAAAGUUAUCCCUUGCAACUGGUACUAUUUUGCUAUCCUGCGACCAGAUAUACAGGCAAUGAAACGGGAGGUCACUUGUAAGCUCUCGGUAGGGUGGCACGGGCACAUAAUUGCUCGAAUCGACCAAUGUCUGGAAGAUGGCGAAUUCAUUCAUCUUGUAUGGUCGGAAACAGGAAGUAACGCACGAAACCAAAAGAAGGUGAGUACUCACAAAGAUCGCAGUGAGAAUAUUCUUGCCCGUGACGCUUGGAGUCGUGCUGCUGGUUUAGAAGGUGAUGUCAAAGGUGUACAUCAGUGCUUUGGCCGGGCUUAUAGCGUCCACCUCACCACCUCUAAAAGCACCGAUAUGAGUCACGGAGAUCUGGUGGAUCACGCCACUCAUGAAGGGGUCCACAAUUACACAACCGCUCGCUGA